AUGUCCGACCCCAUUCCAUCUGCUACUGCGGAUCCAGAUACGGUGAAUCAGCAGCUCCCCGCGAACGCCGAAGACCGCAAGGCUGCAGCCGCCCUCAACUCGUUGAAUACAGAUGGAUUAGCUGGUGAUGCAGCUUCCUCUAAGGGGCCAUCAGGCGCAGACCAAGAGGCCUUGAGCAAGGCUAUGAGCCGCUUGGAAGUCGCUGCAGGCCAUGACACUGGGAAGAAGAAGGCGACCGAGUCCCAGAAGAAAGAGGCAGAGGUGAAGAAGAAGGUGGUUAAAAUAAAUGCAGCUGAUGUUACACUUCUGGCCGAACAGCUGGAUUUGCAUAAGAACAAGGCAACAGAUCUUCUCAGGGCUCACGAGGGCGAUGUGACACGCGCCAUGAAGGCCUUCAUCACUCCCUCAAUUCAGACUUGA